AUGGCAGAUUUUCAAUCGCCCGAAAAGCCCAAGUCCGGCAUGGACAGUCUGACUACACAAGAGAAACACUGUUUUGACCUCGCAAUGAAUCACUGUUUGAAGGAGCCCAACAAUCUCAAGAUUGACGUCAAGAAACUAGCCAAACUCGCCGGGUUCACCAACAAGAAAUCCGCCUCCAAUAUUUGGGGCUCUAUUAAGAAAAAGGUGUUCAGCAAGCCCGCCAAUCCCACUACCCCCAUCACCACGUCUUCCGCACCAGCCGUCGACAAACCUGCAUCUAAGAAGCGCGACCGCACAUCCAAUGAUGCUGCAGAAACCCCCACCAAACGCGCCAAAGUGGAGGUGAUGCCCGUCCCCCCCGCGCUGAUGCUGGGAUCUACGCACUCGGAAGAGGAGACGAAUGAGAUUCUGAAGAAGGAAGCCGCGACCGAAAAUGGAGAAUUCAUGGGCUUUGGCGAUCGGUUCGUGCCUGGCGAUAGCCUUGGCGAUGGAGAGUACGAGGGUGAGUUUGUCUUUUCUCAUAAAAACUAG